GAGGAAGCACAGCCAAUCGGAUGACUUCUCGUACCACGUGCCAAAGGUGUUCAAAUCAAAAUGGAUGAUUGUUAAAAUACCUGCAAGGAGAUUCAAACAUCUGCAUUGACUGUGCAUUGUUGGUGGCAGUACUGUUCAAGUAGGACCCGUUUGCAAUGAACUCUGUAUGAACCCUUGUCAUGUAUGCAUUUACAUUUACAUUAUUCCCAAAAGCAGUAAUGGAAGAUUACAAAGCGAUAAUAUGAUUUAGCAUGUUUUCUGGGUGUUACGCAUCCAGAUGCGAAAGCGGAAUUGAGAUAUUCCAAUAGGAUGAAACAGGAACAAUCGACAGCGAAAAAAUACUUUUUUAAAACACUUUUCAUGCAUUGGACCAAGAUAAUCUAAAGCUAUACAACGCUGGUUUUUGGAUCUUUAUUGCCAUUGGCUAUUCAGAGGCAUGGCGAUCUGGGUCUCAAGAAGUCCGACAGAAAGCCAAACGUAAGGCCAUUUCUCGUUGAAGAAUGGCAUCUUGUGCGGUAACAUGCACUCUCAUAUUCCUACAGACGAUAUUCGGGUUAGUGGGGUUCAUAUUCCUUGGACUUGGCCUCUUCGUGAGGUUCUUUGCGGACUCAAUAUGGCUGAUGGCAAAGCCAUUCGUCGACCAGGCCCUCGCAAUUCUAGGACAGUCCGCAAAAGAUGGUCUAAAUAGCGACGAUCUCCUGGACAUCUUGAAGCAGAUUGCAGUACCUCUUAUUGUAAUAGGAGCCAUUUUGUUCCUCCUCAGUAUUCUAGGAUGUUGUGGUACUUGUUGUAGAAUCAGGACUGCGCUCCUUGUGUAUGGUAUUAUCCUCCUGCUUAUCCUAUCAUGCCAAAUCAUUGCAAGUAUUGUGAUCGGAGUCGAUUGGCCGAAGUAUCGAGGUAUGGCUGUUGUGCACACAGUAAACCUUCUAAAAACUGAAUAUACUGGUGUAAGCCCCAACAACACCAACCUGGUCACGAUGUUCCUAAAUUUUGCGUUCAUGCAGUUCGAAUGCUGUGGUAUUAAUUCCUACAAGGACAUGUUGCUAGCUCAGAAUUGGACCGGUCGCGCUUUAGACGGGACAGUCUACACAGUCCCGGGCAAUCCUUCCGCCAUGACGAAUGCACUUGGACAGAUGCAAGUCCCUCCAACCUGCUGCAAGAGUCGAUACCCCUUUCCGCAAUUCGACCCAUAUGACUUGGAGACCUGCCUUCUCAAUCCGGACAGCAAGAGCGCGUACACCGAGAAGGGAUGCUUUAGCGCGAUUGACGAUCUUUUGGCAGAAAACCAGCUUUAUGCAAUUAUAGCAGUGUCAUUGAUAUUCGUGUUACAGCUGAUCAUCAUAAUCUUGGUCUUCUGUCUGCGGAAAUGCUUAGCAGAUGACAAAAAGGUUGGACCUAUGUAGUGAAGAUAUGCACAGAAAGCAA